UUUUUCUUAUUAGUUCAAGUUGGUUGCAUUUUAUGACUUGAAGUUUACAUUUUCUUGCUAAAGUUUUAUGUAGGAUAGGAAAUAAUAUUCUAACACAAUUCAUGAGUCUGAACUGGUUUGCUGGAGUCCGAAUAAUGUGUCUUGUACUUAUUGCAGAACCGAACUAAUCAAAGCUUUACAUGAUGGCAUUCUCAAACUCUCAGUAUUUAUAGGAAGUAGACAAGGACUAGUUAAUACAGACAUUUGCCACCUCACCACAAAGAAAUUUUGGAAAAUCAAAAGUAUAAAGAAAUUUAGUGAAAUAGCCUACAGUUAGACUUUUGGGAUUUAAAGAAUUAGAAAAAAACAGUGCAGCGGAUAUAUAUAUAACAGAUUACAGAAUUAAAUUGUAAAGUAUAAAGGUACGAAUGGAGCUUGAUUUUACUGUGAAAUGUGAACCGGGAAGCCCAAUUAGUUUUGGAAAAUGCUCACAAUUAUCUCUAGAGGAGAGUUUUGGACGAGACGUAUUUGCCGAAUUCAAUACAGAUGGAUAUGGAUCUGAUGGGUCGUAUAACGGAAACAGUGGUAACACCAGCGGUGAUGUCUCCCCAACGGGAGAUUCCUCACCGAGUGCUGAUACCUCUGGCAAUGUAUCGCCCUGCAGUACAGAUAAUGGUCGAAUGGAUUUCGAAAGUGCCAAACUUGACUUAGAAAACGGAAAGGUUGACUUUGAAUCGUUGCGAUACGAUUUUGAUAAUAACAAAGUAGACUAUAUCAGUUUUGUAUCGGACGACAACUUGGAAAAUGUAGAUGGGCCAAAGAGACUUUGUCUAGUAUGUGGGGAUAUAGCAUCUGGUUACCAUUAUGGUGUUUCAUCAUGUGAAGCUUGUAAAGCAUUCUUCAAACGAACCAUUCAAGGAAAUAUAGAAUACUCUUGCCCUGCAAACUGGGAUUGCGAAAUUACCAAAAGAAGAAGAAAAGCCUGCCAAGCAUGUCGCUUCCAGAAAUGUCUGAGAGUAGGCAUGUUACGAGAAGGUGUGCGUUUAGACCGUGUGCGUGGUGGCAGACAGAAAUACAAGAGAACUGUAGAUUCUCAGCCUAUCAUACAACAUAUCCUCCCUAUGGUGAAAAAAGCUUGUAUAGAAGUGUGUGAGAAUAAGAUUUUAACACAGUUGGGCAGUAUAGAAUUGCAGUUAGAUAAACUGUAUGCAAAUCCUGACCCAGAUCUUCAGGGUGACGAAAUUCGUUUCUUAGCAGCAGUAUCAGAUUUAGCCGAUAGAGAACUUGUCAUUACAAUCAGCUGGGCCAAACAAGUACCAGGUUUUUGCAACCUGUCAUUAAGUGACCAAAUGAACUUACUACAACAUUCAUGGUUAGAAAUACUUUGUCUCAACCUGGUGUAUAGAUCUUGUCCAUAUACAUCAUACAUACGCUUUGCCGAGGAUCUGCAACUUAAUCCAGAUGAAAGCAAACAAUGCCAGUGUUCGUUAGAACUUGAUAAUCUCACUAGAAAACUUGCCAAAAAGUUCACCAAUAUGGGUGUUACAAAAGAAGAAUACCUUCUUCUGAAAGCCAUGACACUAUGCAAUACAGAUGUAGUUAUAGAAAAUAGUGAAGCUAUAAAGGCAUUACAAGACCGACUACAAGAUGCUCUGUUAGAAUAUGUCAAGAAUCGUUACUCUGGGAAUCUACGGAGAGUUGGACAUUUAUACAUGUUGCUGCCAUCCUUAACUCACAUGAAACUUCUCACCAAACAAUACUGGUUUGACAUUAAAAAAGAUGGACGUGUAAUGAUGCACAAACUAUUCCUAGAAAUGUUAGAGGCAGAUUCCUGAUGAAGCAGUCUUAUAGUUGAACUUGUGUGAUAUUUUAAAAGUGCUAAAAAUAGAGCUUUCAAAAUAGUUAUAUUUAGAAUCAGGAAGUUUUAUUGUUGUAGAUACUGUUAUGUAGAUUUGCGUGUCAAUUUAGAGACAUGUGAUAUUGUGUGAUGCACCAAGUCUUUGAAAAGGAUUAUAGACAGAUAAUGGAGCUAAUCUUUAUCCUUUGUAAUGCUUUUUCGUCCUUCUUUUGCUUUACUUGUUACAAACAAAUUAUGCAAACUGGUAGAGGGUAUAUUUAGUCAAGAAUCUAUAAAGUUCAGUAAAAAUUUAUUGAACUUGUCUAUUUAAAAGUAAUAUAAUAUAAAGUAUGAAAUUUUUAGUUACCCAUAAUUAGUUUAUUAUUAUUUAUAGAGUAAUCAAGGAAAAGAAGGAUGUGUAAUACAAUAAAGUGAGAACUGAAAAGUGUAAAUAAAACUAGAAUGAUGGGUUAUGCAGAUGACCAAAAUAUCUUGACUUAGGGAUUUAUAACUAACAAACAAACUGUGAUACUUUUCAAUAUUAAUCAGAUAGACAGAAAUGUAUGUUUUACUGCAAUCACCUUUCUACUACAAAAAUGUCCUUGUAAAAUAUUGUCAGCUGUUGGAUCAAUAUAGCUCUGGUGAAACAACUUGUAGUUGGUGAAUUUAACCAUAGUCAAACCUUAGCAAUUUUGAUUUCAAAAGCUGUAAAAUUAUCAUAUAAUUCAUGUUAUAAUCUGUCAGAAUAGAAUUGAUGACUGUCAAGAAAUUUUGUGUAAGCAGAAUGGUAUUUACUACAAAAUUUGGUACAUUUACAACAGAACUCAUCCAUGUGUUAACCAAUUUUCUUGCAGAUAAUUAGUUUACUUAAGAUGUUGUCAACAAAUUAUAAGUUCAUUUUUCAAUCCAAUUUAGAACAGCUUAAUUCAGUUUUGAAUUGCAGAAGUUUAAAUAAAGUCUUGAUAGAAUUAAUUACUUAAGAAAAUUGGUUAACAUGUGAAUGCUGAAUGCUGUAAAGUAUAUGGAGGCUCAAACUGUUUCAUCUUUCCUCUAGUCAUAAAUUUUCCUUUAAUUGAAAUCUGUUAUCAAAGACUUGGUGAAAAUAGAAAAAAAAAUGUGUUCCAAUUUAUUUUAUUAUACUAAAGUGUGAUAUAUUAUUUACGUUUGAAAAUAACCAUUUUUAUAGUUGUUAGAGGAUCAGGAAGUAUUGUUUUUUUUAUCUCCUUACCUGGUAAAAAAUGUCUGUCAGGGAUAUUUGCCAUAUUUCAUAUCCAUGUUUGUUAUGCUGUUAUCUUCAUGUCCGUUUUAUGCAAAAUUUUUACGAAUAUAUAUGACAACUAUUUGAAAACUUACACACUUAAUUUAUGAAAUUUACUAGUUAAUAACUUUGUUCAACAUGGUCUGUGUGAAUUAUGUACAUCAAUGGGAGUGGCUAUUUUGACCAAGAUCACAAUAUUCUACAUAUUGUGGUUUAUAUUCUAAGUUUGAACAUAAUUUAUUGUCCAAAAACAAUGACAAUAGGAUCAGUUUUGCAACUUAGAAUGUCUUCUCUAUUUUAAAAUUUUUUUUUAAAAAUACCGAACAAAAUACAAUGUAUUCUUAGGUCUACAGGAAGAUUCAUUUCCAUGUAGGGUUAACCUUUGGCAUCAGGGGUAAAACAGUACUAAAAAAAAGUCCUUAGUUUAAUGAAUGUUCUCCCAACAAACCCUAUUAGAAUCAAAUCAUGAAGUAUUAAAUACUCAACAUAAACAUAAGUAGUCUUAAAGAUCUUAAAGCGCAGACAUUCAGAUUUUAGCUAUAGAUUUAGUUCAAAUACAAUGUCUCUCUCAAUAAAGUGAAUAAAUACAAUAUUACAGACCACUGAACACUCUUUUGUACCUUACUAAUAUUGUAUGUUAAAGAAAUGGCUACUUGUAUACCUUACUGUGAUAGUAAGGGGCAUUAUGUUUUUCCAGUCUGUGCUUCCAUUGGUCAGUCCAUCCUGUAUCGGGCUGAAGUUUUUGUUUAUUUUGGUUUACCAUUAAGUUGCGGUAACAUUAACUUUAAACUUAGUACAUAGCUUCAUUAGAUAUGAACUUUUAGAAAUAGAUACUAAAUAAGGCUUUUUCCCGUAUUUCACAGUUCACACUAAACGUGGAAAUAUGAUAGUGUAAACAGGGAUGAUGUCCUACGGACACAUAUUCUUGUUUUUUUUUUAUAUUACAAGAUUAUUAGAAUUGUUAAACAAUUAGUUAAGACUUCUGUGGUGAAAAUAUUGCUUUAAAUAAUAAUCAUGAAUCACAUAGUUCAUGUGUUUUAUACAUGAAUGAUACCAGGCCAGUUACUGAAAUAGGUUAUUCAUAUUAUCAUUGCUAUCCUUGGCAGACAAGAUUUUUGUCCUUACUUUCAUUGGUGAAUUUAAUCUCAAACUUAUUUUUUAUGAAGAAAUCCAUUGUAAAUAUCAUAGACUAAAAAAGUAGAAGAUUUUUUUUCAUGAUUGUUCAUUCAUACUUGUAUAUGAAUGAAUAGAAUCUAGUCAAGUCAUCAGAAUUCAUGAUGUAAAUGCAUAUAGAUCAUAAGUAUUAGAAAAGAAUGAAAUUACAUUUAAAAUCAUUGUCAGUAUAGUUUCAAAAUUGAAGGAAUGCAUGAAAGGUCCAAAUAUGGAUUAUUUUAAUGUGUAUAUAAGAAAAUAUAUAUAUUGUAAUCAUUCAAAGAAAAAUUGAUAUAUAAAAAUAAAUUGAAAAAAAAAAAAAAAAGUUAAAAAUUAGAAAAAAAAAAAAAAAAGAAAAAAAAACCAGAAAAUAUUCAUAAAAAAUAAUAAAAAAUAAUAAAUAAAUCUAAAAAAAAAAGAAAAAAAAAAAGAAGAAAAAUAUAAAAUACUACAAAAAAAUAUUAAAAAAGAAAAAAAGGUAGAAAAAAAUAGAAAAUGAAAUUAAAAAAAAACAAAAAAAAAAACACAAUGUCCCAGUAAAUACAGGAAAAUCUGUAUUAUGGGGUUGUUUCAUGAAUAAACAAAGGAUGCAUAUGAUGGUUAAUGGACAUUUGCUAAAUAUCGUCGGAAUUGCAGUGUGCUAUUUCCUAUAGCCUGUCUGUAUUACUGAAUGAUAAUUAUCAACUAUGUUCUAUGUUCUUUUCAUCAUCCUUUUGAUAUAUUUCUGAAAUAAACCUUUACGUAAAGCAAAGAUUAAAGAAUGUGAUAUAAUCAUAAAAUUGUUAAAAAAAAGUAAAAAAAAUAUUUAAAAAGUAAAAUAAAAAAAUAUGAAAAGAAUUGCAAAUCCCACAUAACCGACACUUAUAUAUUAAUGUGAUACUACUAUUAAAUUUAUUGAAUUAAAUUCACCAUUGAGAGUAUGGACGAUUAUCAUGAGUUUUUGUUUGAGUGUGAACCUUACCAUUCCUUUUUUGUCAUUGAGAGAUAAAUUGUAUGAAAUUUCUUCUGAUUGGAAGUUACUUUGAAGAGUUUAUACUAUUAUUGAAAAGGAAUACAAAAGAUUUAUUGUGAUCAUUUUACAGAAUAUAGAUAACAUAUAUAUCAUUCUUAUAAAAGAUCUUGCAUUUCAAUAGUUUAACUUUGUUUUUGUCUUAUUGUAUUUAAAUGAUUUCAUUGCUGUUAUGAAUCCGUCCAGAGUACAUCAAAUGAACAAAAAUCCAUUGCAUGUACAUGUAUUGAAAGUUUCAAAAGAAUAGUUAAACUUGCCUGUUACGCCACAUAUCAUUUUAAUUAUAUUAAGUGUGUCAGACUUGCAUGUUGAUGUGGAAAAAGUGUCUGUUUAAAUAUGUCUGUGUAGUAAAAAUGUAAGGAUAACAGCUAUUGAACAUGUAAAUGCUUUAGAAUUCCUUGUUUUAGGACAUAACAAUAAAUAAUGCUUUUCCUUCCCGGUCUAAUUCAUUUUUUUCCGCAGGAAAUGAAACAAGUUGCUUUAGAGGUUAAUUAUUUUUAGUCAUCUUACAUUCAAGAUGACCAAAACAAUUAAUUUUUUAUCCCUCGCUUUAAUUAAUAUUUUAAUUAGAUUUCUACGAGAAAUACAAUGCCAAUAGUUGAAGUGAACUACUACUAAAAUUAUUUUCAUGCUUUUGAAGUCUUUAUAAUAAAUUUAAAAAACUCUUCAAAGUAAUGGACAGAUUUCAUUGAGUGGCUUGCUUUUGCUUGCAUAUUUCAUUUUAUUGACUGCCAUUUUGACUGUACUUAGAAUUUUUUUGGUUUUACGAGAAUGGUUGAAUGUGUAUGUGUACACUUUUUGUUCCUUUGGUCAUAUUUAUUUACACAAUAGCUUUACAGAUGGCAUUAAGAUUCUGUUAAAUUAAAUAUAAAGGAUAUAUAUAUAUAUAUAUAUAUAUUAUAUUAUAUUUAUUUUGUUUUUUUAGUUUUGCAUUUAACAGAAAUGAAUACAGCAGUCUAUUUCAUUUAAAAAAAAAUUCCGCAUGAAGUGUAAUUCCAAGAACAUAUUUGUCAUAAUAAAUUAAUUGCCUGUUGUUAAUAAAUCACACAGAUAAUUUUUUUUCAGUUUAAAAACAUUUAUUUUACUUUGAUUUUUAUUCUUUUAUCAUCUUUGAAAUAACUGUUACAGUCGAGAAGUUUAAAUCACUGAUAUUUUUGAAAAUUUGAAGUAUGAUACUGUAAAUGGAUCUUUUCUUGCAACUGGUCAAAUUAAUUUUCUUGCUACAAGUAUUAAAACAUUUAAAUAUACAUCAGUGAUUCUUUCUACAUGUAUUAAUCUUGAUUCACUUAUUAUGGCCACUGUUAUUUGGGUGUACCAUUUAAAAGAUGAAUGAAAGUACAGUAGUGUUUGAUAGUGCUGUUCCUGUUAACUUACCAUUGCACUUGUUAUAGUCUUACAAACUUGUGUAAAUAUUUGUUGAUUUUUAAAAUCACUCAAUAAAACAUGAUAAUCUAGAAUAUUUAACCCUCUGUUAUAUGGAUUCAUUGUUAUAUUGUAUUUGUUUUGUUUUAUUUUUUUUUUGUUAAAAGCCUGUAGCCUUUUUUUGUGGGCAUGAUUCAUCAUUCCAAAAUAUUUUUUUUUCAACUUGCUACUUUUUUAAAUACUGUAUUUACCAUAAUGUAAGCCACUAUCCUUAUUAUUAUCCCCUUCAAAUUUUUGGUAGUUAAAGGGUUAUCUGUAAUAUUUCAUAAAAAAAUAAACAAGCAAGCAAAUCAUUUCCAUGUUUAAGUUGUAGUUUGAUGAUUAUUCUUUUCACUGUUUUAUCUGUUUCACAGUAAAUUUUAUCUAUUUUUUUUUUGUCUGACACAAAUGUGAUUUUUUUCAAAUCACCUAUCUCUUGAAGAACUACUACCUUACAUUAAAAAAAUUCAGUGCUUAUAAAUUUGAUUUUCCUUGAUUUUUUUACACUCCCCAUUUUUUCUAGAAAAUCCAUAUCACAAGGCUUAUAAUUGGGUACAUACAGUAUUGAGGAAAGUAAUGUAUCUUCAGUAUAUUUUUAUAGCCCUAUUCCUGUCACACUCUGAAGAAAUGUCAUAUGUUUUUUUUUCAUCUACAAAGAAAGAAUUGUUAGGUUGAUAACAAACUCUUUGAAAUGGAUAAGAAAGCACUAUUUCCAAAGGAAAUAAAAACAAAACUUAAAUUAAUUAUUUAAAAUUUAUAAUGUCAUAUAGAUCAAGAUCUUCCAAUGUUCUUGUUUUUAUUCCUACAAAUGUUUGGUCAUGUAAAAAAGAUUGGCUUCUUUGCUGUAUUUUUUGUCUCUGAAUGACAAGAAGUUACAAAAAAGUACAACUUUUUUUUGAAACUUUAAGACCAUUUUUUGGAAAAAUACACUUCUUGGAUAUGUACCUUCAUUGUACUGUUUUAAGUUCUGUUACUCUUUAUACAUGUACCAUCUUUCUAUAUGUGCCAAUAAAUGAAAUAUAAGAAUGUAAAAACAAAUUAAGAUUGCCUUUUUUUUUUUGACUAAAGAUCAACCCAGUUUUGUUUAGUUUUGUUUUAUAUUUUUAAUAUGUUUUAACUCUUUCCAGGAUAUUAUUACAUAUCUGCAAGUGAAUGACAGAAUAAAAGUUAAUAUAAUUAAAGUAAAAGUUAAUCUUGUUGAAGGAAUGCUAUUUGAAUGAUAUGUGAAUCUAUUCAAACUAUAUUUAUUGAUCAGUUUGAUUUACUUUACGGAUAUCAACUAUUUUUUUCUGACCCUUUUAAACAUCUUUUACUUUCCAAUUUGAUUGGUUUUGGGAAUUCUGAAAAGGUUUAUUUAUAAAAGCCCUUUUGAAGCAAUGGUAUCAUAAAGGAUUUAUUUUAUUUUCUAAAUUAUGAGUAAUGGAGAUUUUUUUUUCUUUUUGAAAUUUCUUCACAAAAAAAUCUGUAGCAUGGCCAUUUCUUAAGAAAACAGAGUUCCCUAUUAAUACAAACUAUGCCCUGAUAUUCAUUUAAAACAACACUUUUUUUGAAAUUCAUGAUUAUUCAGUGUUGCUUUUUGGACAGCUAAAACUCAUAGAUACCAGGCUUUUAACUUGAAUAAAAUUUCUGGAAAAAAUUAGUCUAACAAUGUGAUAAUUUUUAAUUUAUAUAUAUACAUGAGCAUAUUUAUUAUUCAAAUUAGAAAUGUAAUGCCCUUUACUAUCAGAACUUCUAUGAAACAGUUAUUUUAGGGCAUUUACCAGUAAAUAUGAUAAUGAAUCUCUUAUGAACAACUUUGUUUUUAUAAUAUCAAAGGAAAGCCAUUUUUUUAACAGUAUUAUAUUAUUUUUCCAUUAAGAACAUGGAGCAAAAUUGUUAGUAAAGAUAUUAACACCACAACCAAUUGUGGCAUUACACAAAUCCCAUUGUGACAGGCAAAUUGUAAACAGUAAACUUUGGAAAAAGUUUUAAGGGCUUAAGUAGGGUAGAAUCUCGUAAUUGUUACCUAGUAUGUAUAAAAGGACAAAAUUAGACAAAAUACACUGUUGAAUUUGAUUUAUGCACACAAUUAUUUUAAUAUUUUUAUGACGAGUGCUUGUAUUUGCACUUUGAUUUCAAUAUAGUUGGUUUACAUAGGUCUGUUAGUAGAACAAGUCUCAAUAUGAAUAAAAUCCUAGAGUUAAUAGCACAAUUUGAUUCUCAGAACGGUUCUUUAUAUUCAAUUAACAGCAUCAUUAAAACAUACAAAAACAAAAUUUAAAUAAAUUUUUAUUUUUAUGAAAUUCCAAUUUGUUUUUGAUUAAAAGUUCCUGAUAUGAAAAUAAUUCAAGAUAUGAAAAUGUAUCACUUUGACCCCUUGUUUAUUGAUCAAACUUUUAACUACUUGAAUACCAAGUACAGAGAAAUGAUAAUUGGGCUGUUGUUUGUUUUUGUAAUUGUUUACAAAGAUUUGAAAAAUUAUCUUGUUACCUUAGUACUAGGAACAUCUCCUUGAGAAGUAUAGUUAUGGCAUAUUAUUUGUUAGCUUAAUACCAGCAUUGUGUAUGCAGUUUAUUUAAGCUUAUUGUUGUUGUAUUGCAUAAGGAAAAGAUAUUAUUUUUCUAGGAGUUUUUUUAUUGAGAUAGAAAAGUUAGACUUGAUGUAUCCCACUUUUUUACAUUCCUGUGUGUGAUUUGAAGUGUUUAUUUUUGUCUGCACAAUAUAUUCCCAUGCAAAAUUCCUUUUUCAUCAUCAUUAUUCCAUGUUAAACAUUCAACUUGCUAAUGGAAAUCCAUGAAUGCUGAAUUUGAAGGAAACAAAUCCCCAGUAUUUUCCAAAAUUAUAUUUCUUUUUGACUUUUUCAAAACAUUUAUUCAUGAACUUCAGUCAUAUUAAAAUUUUGUAAAUGGGAUAAAAAGAAAGAUUAGCAUUAAUAGUGUGUGUUUCUUUUACAGUCAUGUAUCUUAUCUUUGUUUCAGAUUUAUAUUAAAUUCGAAAAAAAAUGAAUGUUCAUGUUAACAUUUUCAAGCAUAAAAAAGAUUUUUAAGGGUAAAAAACAUAAAAGUUUUGUUUUGAAAUCUUUGUUAGCUUGCUAUGCAUGAUUUAAAGAGUUUAAUUUGGUAAGGACUUAAAAAUGGAUUGGGGUUGCAAGGCACUUCAGUUCAAAUUUUAUUAGUAAUGUUUGAUUUCAUUGUUUAUGUUGUGGAGUAAAAUAAACAAAAAAGAGCAUUUUAACACCUCAAUACAUUUAUUUCUGGAAAAGUCCUUAUCAUUGGAAAUUUUGUUGACUUGUUAAUAUUGUCUGACAUAGUCACUUUAGUAUAGGCGUCUGUUAAAAAUGAAACUUUGGUGCAUGAAGUAUUUUUUUUUUUAUAACUUUCAUUGAUGUUUUGAUUAAAAUUGUUUCAAUAAAAUUGAACAUCCCAUUGGUACAUUUAUAAUUAUUUUUAGAUAUUUACAUGCACAUCUGUUAUAGCCCGUUGUUAUUGAUGUAAUGUUUCUGUUAUUGUUAGUUUUUAUAUUUAACCAAUGCCACCAAACCAUGCAGAAAUUGCAGAUUUCCCCUAACAAAACACAUUGGAAAUAAGACAAUAUGAUUUUAUGGAAAACGAUAUGCAGUAGAUAUGUUAUGAACAAAUUCAGUAGCAAAACAGAGACAGUUUGUCUUUUAUCUUCAAAAAAUAUGUAAGAAUAAUGAAAAUUAAUGUUUUUAUGUACUGUCAUAUAUGUGACUUAUUCACUGAUCUUUUUACUAAAUUAUCUUAGUGUUGAAACAACUUGAUGAUAAUCUAAAGUUCAAACAUUUUAGUUUUGAAAACCAUCUUUACCAAACAUGCAUAGUGGAAAAUGUGUAACAUUGCAACUAAAAUGUAGUUAUAAAGAAAUUGAGUCAUUUUUAUAAAAUGUAUUAAUAAAACAAUAGCUUCAGCAAAUACAAAAUAAUAGCCUAAGCAAAUAUUUUUUUCUACAAUUGAAAGGUUCCAUGUAUAUGAAGUGAUCUCAAUGUAAGCAAAAUCCAUAGCUUCUUCAGGCCCAUCUGUGAUGAAGAGGUUCUAAAUCAUAUCAUUAUCUUAGGCAGCAUCCAGUACCUCAUUACCCAUACUUAGGAAAUUGCAUGGUUUGAUAUAUAUUUUGUGUGCAUUUUUGUCAAGACAGAAUUGCUACAACAGUCAACUGUUCAAUAUUAAAAAUGGAGCUUGUCACAGAAA